GAAGCCACCUAUACCCCUUCCACUCAAGUACACCGAGGUGUGGGCAUCCACGGAGCAGGCUAUGCGCUGGCACCGCGAGGAGCUGCGGCGCGCGCGAGAGGCGAGCCUCAGCUUCGUGCACGAGUGCGACGCGUGCGAGAGACUGUUCGCCGAGGAGGAGGAGCUGAAUAGACACGUGGGGGACGCGCAUUCUGAGGAGGCAGGGCAGUAUACAUGUGAUAUGUGCUUAUAUCGAUUUCCGGAUCAAACCAAGCUACACGAGCACAUGCAGGCACACUACGUGUUCUACAAGUGCAAGGAGUGUAGCUUCGAGAGCAGAAUACUGGAGGAAAUGCAGAAACAUGUCACAGAUAAGCAUAGUGUGAUAGCACCUGAUAAAAAUGAGGUGGUCGUGUGUAAAAGGUGUAAAAAUGAAUUUGGAUCAGAGACAGACUUGAAAACCCACACAUUGACGUGUAAAACCUACAAGUGUGUGGACUGCGACUCCACGUUCCCGGCGGCGCGCGCGUACCACCAGCACCGGCAGAAGCACCGCCUCGACCCUGACGGCAUCUACUGCGAGGUGUGCAAGAUCUACUACAAGGCGUCGUGGUAUAAGAAACACUUGCUGACAAGCACGAAGCACGUGUCACGGGAUUCUUUUAAGUAA